AGAGUUGAAUGGUGAGCCAGGGACCCUCACAUGAAGCAGCGGGGGUCUUUGACAAGAGAAGCCUCCGCUCCAUCGGCUCUGAAACCAAAGCUCCUCUGCGCCCUGCAGGAUGUCUGGAAACAUCAGAUCAGUGUCUGUGGUGUGGGUGCUCUUGCUCUGUCUGGUACUCUGCAGGACACUGACCAGCACAGACGCAGCACCUCUCUGCACCAAUGCCCAGGCUGGGUGCCAUGCUCUCUCACUGGCCAACCUGUUUGACCGGGUCAUCCAACACUCAGCCAGGAUGCACGGCAUUUCAAACGACCUUCACUCAGAGUUUGAGCAAUACUUCCUGCCCAGCAAGAAUCAGAUCGGCCGGGUCGGUCGCAACUGUCACACUUCGACCAUCCUCACGCCAAACGGCAAGGAGAACGCUCAGAGAAUGGCGAGAGAGGAGCUGACCGAGGUGAUUCGGAAGCUCCUGGUGGCGUGGAGAGAUCCCCUGUGGCAUUUCCACCAGAGCAUGGCUCACCACCGCGACUUCACCAACUUCAGCUCCAACAAAGCCCUGGAGAUGAGCGACAUGGUGCACGAGCUGCGCAGAGGCGUAGAGAAGGUGGCCGAGAAGAUGCAGAUGCUGGGCAUGAUGAGCGACUCUGUGAGCAGCCAGGCUUCUCCCGAGGCGCUGCUGCCGGCUGACAGCUCUGAGUGGCGCCUGAUGAAAGACUACGACCUCCUGUACUGCUUCCGCCGAGACUCGAACAAGGUCCAGAACUACUUGAAGAUCCUGAAGUGUCGCAUUGUUCCGGAGCACGGAUGCUGAGGGCCAGAAAUACUAACGACCACGCUCGACUUCCAGACUCAUCAACGCGUUGGGAUGGAAAUGCCUUAGUCAGAAAGUGCACAAAAAGCUGUAGCUUUUGUUGUGUUGUAUGGGAUAAUAAGUGAUAAUGUUCACUCCUGUCAUGAAGUGUGACUGGAACCCAAAGACUCUACCCCAACCCACCGCUUCAUGCCUGAGAGCACAAAGAGUGCGACCAAACUAUGGACGGAAUAAGUGUAAUACAUGUAAUUAAAUAUUCCUGUUGACCUCAUAUCAUGUGUA